UACCGUUCUCGAAGGAAUAUUACCACCAAAACUUGGCGCUGCCUGAACAAAUCUUCCCAGUUAUCCUGAUGUAGGCGAACCAGGUAGAGCUGCGCUUGGUGGAUGACAAGGUGAUAUCAGCCAUCCAGGAAGAAUUGGGUUCAUCGCCGCUGGGUUCAUCUCCUCCCAUCCUCUACUAACUUAGGAGCACCGUCCGAACAACGUCUUGGGGCGUUGGAAAAAGCAACCUGAAAUGGAACGAUUGCUGUCCAUCGUGUUGCUGGUCGUGUCUGUCUUGCUCUGCUCUAACCAUUUCACUGUAGACGGAAAGCUUCCUUUCAAAUCAGCCAAGUCCUGGCCAUCAGGUAUCUCGAUACAGACGAACAGGGACACGGAUUGGUUGAGCUUUCACAUCGGCGAGAAGAUUUGCCUUGUGUGCGCAGUUCAUCCCAACCCGUACAACGACAGCGUUGUUCCUGUUCUGGAGUGGAGUUUGAACGGCAACAAGCGUGCCUUGACAACGUAUACACAGCAACUUGCCGCAUCGUUCAAUGAAACCGGAAAGAAUGGAUGGCUGUCAGUGGUUCAGAUCGAUUCUUCAACAGACCAAGACAUAGGAGUGUACGAGUGCAAGGCGUCCUUUCCUUCCCUCCAGCUCCAAGCAAAUGUUACACUUGAGCAAAAACAGUACUACUUCAAGGAGGGAUUGCCCAAAUCGUACUACAUUGGGGAAUACGGAGACAUACAGAAUAUCACCUGCCAUUCGCAAUUUAAUUACUUCCCUGUUUGGUGCAAGCUCAGGAAGCUCAACCUAGACUUAAGCGAAACAAAUUGGGCAGUGCAGUGUAUCGAGCACAAUCUGCAGUCCGAUCGGCAGGCUUCGCACACUCGAGCAACAUUCCCUAUUAUUGUCAAUGAUGUGACUGCUGGCUGGUGGAAAUGUAUGCUGAGCUUUAGCCAUCAACCUUUUGUAACCCUUCCCCCAAUAAACUAUGUGCCAAUCCAACUCAAGAUCAAAGAAGUGAAACCGAGGGCAAUGCGUAUUGAGACAAGUAUAGCGGCGCACAUGGAGGGUUCAACAAGUGGCCCGCAACUACUGCCCGUUGCGAUAGACAAUCACUCGGAUCCCAAUAUUGUCUACAUCGUCGACUGGCCCAGCAACUUCACCGCGGCCAACAUCACGUGUAUACUGGCCAACGCGACGUAUCCCACCCCAGAGAUACGCCUGAGCUGGAGGAAGCCGGACGUGUUCAAUGGCUCUACUACCACCACAGCGAGAAACCUGACCGAAACGUUCGGCCCGAGCAGCCACCUUCAGCCCGGCACCAGAGUGAAGUGCCAUGCCUCAAACAAACUUGGGAUGAUGGAGCGUACGGUUGAGCUGAGAGCAGGACGCAAGCCCAGUCUGCAUAUUCAGGACGUCCAGGGUGGUCCAGGACAGGACACCGUUGAUACCAAGGUCGUGGUGCACGUGUUUGGAGCGCCUCUCACCGAGAUCGGAUCCGCCUGCGUGCGGCUGCAGGUGAUGAACCGUGAGUCCCGCUGUCAGAAGAACCUCAAGGCCAAUGAUUCUUACAUAGACCUACCUGUGCACAAGGUGGGUGACCCGGUCAAGAUCUUCUUCUCGUGGUCUGCGGGCUAUGAACACAAUGGACAUCAUUAUGGCAUUGCUAAUUGGACUAUUCAAAAGGACGCCGUCGAGAGCGAAGGAAUCAACCUGGCUGACACGUUCAUCAUGCGCGUCUUCUACGCACCCAUAUCCAACAAGGCUGAAAAGCUGUCAUUCACUUUCAGAGCUGCUCUUAACGGAUCAGAUCACCUCCCUCUUCCAGACGCUGAGGACUGGCCAACACGUGAAGUACCAACAGACACUACCGAUACUACUACGGACGUACCAACAGAUACUACCGAUACCACUACGGAUGCUGAUGAUGGGUCUGGGAAGACAGGAAAUGACGAUGUGCAGACCGAGGUCGAAACAGCAGCAACGGCGGUAAAGCCUACCAGCUCGACCGUGUACAUAGUCGUGUGCAUCGUACUGGCUGGCGUACUGGUGAUGGCUGCUGCCGGUUAUGUACUGCUCAAUCGCAAACACAAGUACACCGUGCCUCAGCGACUUUCGCACCUGACCAGACAGGCACCGAGACAAACAGAGCUGACUGCUCAUGAUCACGACCCCAGCGUCAGCACGGCGGGUAGUCAGUACGAUAGGUAUCAACCCAGGUCAGCAGCCGGUCGGCCCACUCUGGAGCAUGCUGAUAGCCGCAUCAGCACCACCACCAACACAUCGUGGCUGGAAUUAUCCCCUACGUGCAAAGAUCCAUUCGGAUUGGGAGACUUGGGUGAUCUCGUCAUUGACUCCAGUUUUGUAUCCAUCGGAGAAGAACUUGGACGAGGAGCGUUCGGCGUGGUGCACCGGGGUACAGUUCGUAACCUGGAACCGGGGCAAAUAACCACGGAUGUUGCCCUGAAGAUUGCCAAAGAUGAGUCGAUGGGUUCGGCAUUCAUGGAAUUGACCAAGGAGAUUGCCGCACUAAAGGACCUUGGUCGACGUGCCCAUCCAAAUGUCAUGAGCAUGCUGGGAGUCUGCUUUGGAUGUCAGCCUGUUCUUAUCAUGGAACUGGCUGAACGCGGCAGUCUGCUGGAUCUGCUGCGCAAGCGACGUGGUGCCACACAGCGGGUUAAGCAGCAGAUGUCACGCAUCGACAGCGUGACCAGUGACACUGAGGUAUCCAACAGCCGACGAUUCUCCUCGGCCUACUCCAAGAUGCCAAGCGAGGAAGACGUCCUGAAGCCGAACGACAUGUUCAACUUCUCCAGGCAGGUGGCCCGAGGUAUGGAGUUCCUCGCCUCCAAAGCAUACAUUCAUCGUGACCUGGCCGCACGUAACGUGCUCAUAUCCAACGACUACACACUGAAGGUGUCCGACUUUGGCCACUCGCGGCACCUGGAGGGCGAGGACGGCAUCUACCACCCGUCGUCCACCAAGCACGUGCCGGUCAAGUGGUACGCCGUCGAGUCACUCCAGGAUGGCGUGUACACGUGCCGCAGCGAUGUGUGGUCCUUUGGAGUUGUUCUUUGGGAGAUAGCAACACUUGGUUGUACUCCGUACCCUGGCAUUGCUCCACAGAACAUGCUGGCUCUGCUGGCGUCUGGAAAUCGCAUGGCCAAGCCAGUCUUCUGCCCUGAUAGUCUGUAUGCAUUGAUGGAGAAAUGCUGGCAGCAUGAGGGCUGUGACCGACCAUCGUUCACACAGCUAGUUGAGGAGCUGGAUCACAUGCUGCAGGAAACGGCCAAAUGCACCAAGGGCAUCGACUACAUCAGCCUGGACAUGCUGACAACAGAUAGCGGCGGAGCGGCGAUGGCGUGUGCAGCGACAGCACCACCAGCAGUGAACACUGAGAGCGCUGAAUAUGCAAUGGCAGCGGCAGCACCACCUGUCACUAUCAGGGGCUCAGGAUACUCAGAGUCCAGCUUUGCCAGGGCGCAGCAUCAGCAGCCCACCUUUGUUGACCUCCCGCCCAUGCACGAAGUGCCUAACGAGCAAGAAGCAGAGCUGCCAGAGUCCUCGGCCUAUUACAACAUUCGAAAAUCCGCCAGCGUGAAGACAACUGACAGCGCAAUGUAUGACGAGCAGGCAGAUUUGUUUUGAGCUACUCAGCACAAUGGUCGUGAAACAAUUAGUGGAAACGAUGGUCACAACGUUGUGGUAAUAUUAGAUGAAACACUGACUGUACACCAGUGGUACUAUGCGGAUCCGUGAUCUGAGAUUCGAAGUGGUCCACAUUCCACAAAUGCUCUGAACACUCGGCAUGGAACCCGUCCAAGUAUGCUUACAUCGCUGAUUGCCUGUACACUUUCUGUGUGUGUGUGUGUCACAAUGUGUGUGUGUGUGUGUGUGUGUGUGUGUGUGUCACAAUGUGUGUGUGUGUGUGUGUGUGUGUGUGUGUGUGUGUGUGUGUGUGUGCAUGUGCGCAUGUGUGUGCAUGUGUGUGUAUGUGUGUGUGCGUACACGCGCACGAACCUGACCUCACACGUGUGACCAAAUCACGGCACAAUGCCAACCUCUUUGAAGAGCAAAAUGCCAUUCUCCUGAAUUCUGCUCAAAUGCAUUUUCUGUGCUGCUCUCACCUAUGCCAUUGCCCAUUUCCCAACGAACAAAUAGCUCACAAACAGCACAAACACAUUUCCUGUAAACAAAAGACGAAACAGCAUUGCAUGCAUUUGCUACUGCCUUACUAAACAGUAUCAUUCCUGACCUCAAAGGCAAGCAAGCACCAAUUUCUCAGUGCAAUAUACUAUCAAGAUUCUAGCCGGCGCUUUGCCAGCCUUCAUUCGAGUGUUUCGGAGCACAUGGGCAUGUACUAUUUUCAUGGACAUUUUAAUAGUAGAUAUUUACAUGUAGACUGAUUGCAAGGUGACAAUCACAUCUGAAUAUCUACUGACAUGAAUAUUGUGAUUUGCAAGGUGACAAUCACAUCUGAAUAUCUACUGGCAUGAAUAUUGUGAUUUGCAAGGUGACAAUCACAUCUGAAUAUCUACUGGCAUGAAUAUUGUGUUGGGUCCUCAACCAAUCAGAUGUAGUUUUUAUCGUGUUCAUUAAAACAAACUGGACAUGAUUCUAGAGGCCUGUGCGUGCACAGGUAACUGUGUAUUUGAAUCCCGUUUUGCUUUUUUGGACUGGAGAUUUUACCUUCCGAUUCCGCUUUCCUUAGUAGAGCAUUUUGCCUGACACCAUUCGGUUGUCCACUGUUGGAUUUCUCAAGUUA